UUGGAUAAAUUCACUCCACUCUUGACCAAGGAGAGCAACACUUGAAAUUUGAGCGUUUUCUCUCAUGCAUCACUCGCAAGCAUCGCGAAUGCUGCAAACUUUUAAGCACUAGAUUCAUUCACUCGGAUGCUGAUGAACUGCAGGUGCAAGCUUGUGCAUUAAUUUUCAACCAUAUACAUAUUUUAGUAAAGCAUUUUUUGCAGGCACAUGAUGGAUUUAACGGAGGUUUGGGCCGACAGUUCGAGCCGACUGACAUUGCGGAGCGUUUUACUUGCGCAUCUGGCGUGUUUAAUGGCCGUAAUAUUGUGGCGUCGAUCCGGUCAGUGGCGCCUACCCGGUCCGUUCCCGUGGCCCAUCAUCGGUAACGCCGCCCAGCUCGGCAGUUCACCCCACUUUUAUUUCUCCCGGAUGGCUCAGAAAUACGGCGACGUGUUCCAGAUCAAACUGGGCAGCCGAACCGUAGUGGUCCUCAACGGAGACGCGAUCAAAGAGGCUCUCAUUAAAAAAUCGGUGGACUUCGCCGGCAGACCGGAUUUCGCAUCGUUCACGUUCGUGUCCGGCGGAAAGAGCAUGGCUUUCGGUAACUACAGCCAGUGGUGGAAACUACAUCGGAAGAUCGCGCAAAACACCGUGAGAACCUUCUCCACGGCCAACAUCCAGACCAAACAGACCUUAGAGAGGAACAUCGUGCUCGAGAUCUCAGAGCUCAUCCAUCUCUUUCUCAAUAAAACCCGGGAGCAGAAAUACUUCGAGCCUCACAGUUUCCUCGUGGUCUCCGUGGCGAACACCAUGACCGCAGUGUGCUUCGGGAAUCGGUACUCGCACGACGAUGCAGAGUUUCAACAGGUGGUCGGCAGGAACGAUAAGUUCACCAAGACGGUCGGAGCGGGAAGCAUCGUCGACGUCAUGCCCUGGUUGCAGUACUUCCCAAAUCCGAUCAAAACUCUUUUUAUGCAGUUUAAGGAGCUCAACAAUGAGUUCACGAUCUUUAUUCAUGGCAAAGUGAUCGAGCACCGUAAGACGAUUUCAUCGGGUCUGAUCCGCGAUAUGACCGAUGCGUUCAUCUUUGCUCUGGACAAGGGUAUGUCCGGGGGCCCGGGGGUCUUUUUGGAUAAAGAGUUUGUGCUACCGACCAUGGGAGAUAUUUUUGGGGCGAGCCAAGACACCCUAUCGACAGCACUGCAGUGGAUCAUUCUGCUAAUGGUUCGGUAUCCUGAUGUUCAGAAUCGUCUUCAGGAGCACGUGGACAAUGUGGCGGACCGCACUCGCCUCCCCACCAUCGAAGACCAGCAUCAGCUUCCGUACAUCAUGGCCUUCAUCUACGAAGUCAUGCGGUUCACUUCGUUCGUCCCCAUGACGAUUCCCCACAGCACCACGACGGACACGUCCAUCAACGGUUAUCCUAUCCCCAAAGACACUGUCAUUUUUGUCAACCAGUGGUCUUUGAACCACGAUCCAAACAAAUGGGACGAGCCAGAGGUAUUCAAACCGGAGCGCUUCUUGGACGAGGAUGGAGCUCUCAACAAAGACCUGACCACCAACGUGCUGAUAUUCUCAGUGGGGAAGCGCAGGUGCAUCGGAGAGGAGCUGUCCAAAAUUCAGCUCUUCCUCUUCACGUCCUUGCUGGUCCAUCAGUGCAAUUUUACAGCCGAACGAACGCCCAGCUUGGACUACGUGUACGGGCUCACGCUUAAACCGAACGCGUUUAAGGUGGCCGUCACGCUGCGUGACAGCACGGAACUGCUGGAGAAUUUUUUAGGGACGUCUGAAAUGUCUACAGAGAAGAGACAAGAAGGUUUGAAGUGAAACGGAAGCAAGCGAAUGAACUUGCGAGAACUUUGCCGAAUGAAGGUGGCAAAGUGAACAACCACUGAGGACAAAUUUAUAAAUUUAGACGUCAUACUCAGGCAAAAACAUUAUCACAAUCUUUUUUUUUUUAAUGACACGAUGCACUGAUUUAUGGUAUAUUUUGCAAGUGUAGCAAAGCAACACACGACAGGUGCAGUCCUCAAUAACAUUAUAAUCGUUUACUUUAAACUUUAUUUUAUUAUUUAGUAUUGAGACAUGUAUGUGCAUAGCAUUAUUCAGAGACGUGUAUGUUGCACCAUUUUAUAAACUUUUUCAAUAAUUAGUCAUUGUAGUUGGGCUGCAGCAGCAGCUUGGCUAAAGUCUGACUGGAUAUUUAUGAGAGAAAUUUAAAAGCGAAACCGUCAUCACUCACUCUAUAACUUAUGCUUUUUUGUUAUUAAGACUACGUUGAGCUAUACUUGAGUUUCUCUUAGUCCAUUUGUUGUUGAGGGUACUUUAGUUCAAACUACUGUAGCCCUGGUCUGCUUUGUUAAAGGGACAGUACACCCCAAAAUAAACAUUUUGUCAUCAUUUACUCACCCUCGGGUUGUUCCAAAUCUGUAUACAUUUCUUUGUUCCAAUGAACAUAGAGAAAGGUAUUUGGAAGAACGCUUAAACUUGUAAGUUUUUGGCCACCAUUGUCUACCAUAGUAGAAAAAAUGACAAUGGUAGUCAAACGUGCCUCAGAACUGUUUGCUAUCCUACAUUCUUCAAAAUAUCUUCUUUUGUGUUGAGCAGAACAAAGCGAUUUAAAAAGCCCAUUUUCCUACUAUGGGAGUCAAUGGUGGCCAAGAACUGUUUGGGUACAUGCAUUCUUCCAAACAUCUUUUUCUGUGUUCAUCAGAACAAAGAUAUUUCUACAGGUUAAGUAAAUGAAGACAAAAUGUAUCAUUUUUAAGUGAACUGUUCCUUUAACGUCAAUAUAUAACACUCAUAAAAGUGAGAAAUUUGUACAGUAUAAUCUUACAGCACUUUUCACACUGUCGUUCCUUAUCAUCGCGCUUGAAAGUGUUUCCUGAUUCUCAAUUCAGCAUUGUUGAACUCCGUGCCUUGUCAUUACUUCCUAGCAUUAAUCUAGGAUUAUCAAACAAACAUAGACAGGUUUUACACAGUCCAAUGAGUUUCUUUAACCUGCCUUUCAAUGAAACAUUGUCUGGAAAAUCGCGCAGUUUCAGUGAUGCGAGGAGUAGAAGAUAUCAUGCUGCUUACACAGACUCCAGUCAAACUAUUCUUCUAUUUUUAGCUGUUCAUUUCUAUAGUGCACGACAGGACAUUUUUUUGUCCCUUGGGUCGAAGGGAAUUUCAGGGUUUGUACCUAACAUUCAUUGUAUAUGUUGUGAUUACUGAUUUUUGCUUCUUUCUACAAACUGCUGUAAUAUUGAACUAUAUCCUAGAUGUUAACAGAUUUAUAGUUUAUGUGCAAACGUUUGAUAUACAAGUUUGUUACUGAACUGGUUAUAUUUAGUUCACAUUAUGUGAUACGAUAUAUUUUUUUACUUCAUAUACGCUCUGACAUUUGGCUGCUGUGUGAAUUUUAAACUGCGUACAGUCUACAUUUUUCUUUAUUAAAUUUAGUUCAAUUAAAAAUAUAUAUUAUUA